AUGGCCGCAUUCUUUGCUCAGAGACAGAUGGUCGUCGAAAAGAUGAUGAUGUACUUCGCGGCCGGAAUAUGUGGACUCAUCGCCAUAUUUGUGAUACUUCACUGGACACGAUGGCUCUGUGCCAGGCUGGAACGGUCAAAGAAACCCCUUGGAGUGCUGGGUCGUCCGUUUGUCGCGACCUCCAGAUUUGUGAGGAACCUGUUGGUCCGAAGGCUGCCCGGAUUCAAAUCUGCGGGUCACGGUCUUCUGGUUUUCGGUUAUGUCGCCAUAAACGCGGUUGUUGCAUUUAGCAAUGUGGACAUCUCCCUGCCCAACUUUGCUGCCAGGUUCGGCUGGAUGGCGGAGGCGAACAUAUCCCUCGCAGUAUUUCUGGCCCUGAAAAACACACCUCUGGCUUGCAUCACGGCAUAUAGCUAUGAACGACUCAACUGUCUCCACCAAAUCGUCGGCUACACCAUAUUUGUCUUUAUGGUGUUACAUGCUGCUUUUUAUACCUCCUACUUCAGUUCUCAAGGUCGACUCUUAUCCAUCUAUUCCCAGAGGGGCCAGAUUGCCGCCAUCGUCGCUGGGUUUGCCUUCCUGAGCGUCACCCUCUCGGCCACAUUCGUUCGCCGCAUCUGGUACGAGCUUUUCUACAUAACUCACAUCUCUGGUUGGGUCAUAGGAAUCGUCGCAGUCGGGUUCCAUCAGCCGCAUUUAGCAGAAAAGGCCCUCAUUGUGACGCUGCUCACAUCCAGUAUGUGGUGCCUCGACCGCCUCAUCCGGGCCUCAAAAUUGUUGUACUACAGACAGGAGGCAACCUUGCACCCACUCCCCGACGGGGGCACCAAAAUUGUGAUGAGGAAGGCACCCGCUGGGGCCGAGCCAGGAAAGCACUGUUUUGUCUGGAUUCCGGCGGUUCGCAGGUUUGAGACGCACCCCUUUACGAUUCAUCACGGAUCCCCUGUGGAAUUCACGGUCAAGGCCGAGAACGGGUUCACUCGCGACCUGCAUAAAUACGCGGUGGCUCAUCCCGGCGCAGCCGUCAGGGCAUCCGUUGACGGGCCGUAUGGCACCUUCCCCGAUCCCAUGGAGUUCGACAAGAUCGUGCUCAUCGCCGGGGGUGGAGGAGCCACUUUCACUUUUGGGCUCGCUGCAAAUCUUCUUGAGAGGAUGAACGACGAGUCCCGCAAGUGCCUUGUUUUCGUUUGGGCUGUCAGGGCGCACGAAAAUCUCUUUUGGUUCAGGAAGCAGCUAGAGAUGCUCAGAACUCACGCGCACUCGGCCAAAGCCAAUGUUUCCAUCUACGUCACGAGGGCACCGCCGACAAUUCCCGAGCUUCCCUACGGCCAUGGGCAAAACGACAAUGGCUCGUCCUCUUCCUCCGAAGAUGGCGGGUCGCCACCCUUGUCGCCUGUCGACGCCGAGAAGCAUUCCGCCCGUCUCCCCGCGGCUGCAUCUCGCGGCUGGGGCGCGCUGUCGGAAAAGGACCUGGAAAAGGAAAUGGAACGGGCGAUCGAGACGAGGAUUGAGCUCGCCGACACGUCCAACAAGCGCAACAGCAAGAGCAACAUCAUGUCGUCCCAAGUCUACAGCAGCCAUCCUGUCAAGAUUGGCCGGCCCGAUGUGGCCUCCCUCAUCCGCGACGCGAUCGCCACCACACCCCAGGACCAAAGAGUCCUGGUUGCAGCAUGUGGUCCGAAGGCAAUGAUGCGCGAUGUUCGAAACACGACGGCGAGGCUGAUCGUGGGUGACGGGCCGGCUAUCGAACUACAUUGCGAGGAGUUUGGUUGGUAG